CUUGCCUCGGAGCCUCAGACGCUCACACCGACCCAGACAGACGCACAGACGGGCGGGCAGGCACGGACAGAGCCUCCCAGCUGUUUGCGCUGCAGCCCCGGCCCGGGAAGCCCCCUGCACCCCCGGAGCGCUGCAGGCGGCUGCUCCGCAGGCCGGCGCGCGGGGAAGGGAGGAGGAGGCCAUGUGAGCGGCGGCGGCUCCCACCUGGCGCCGCACCUGGGGCGCGGAGCUCCGUGCUCGCGUGCGCCCUCCGGGCCGCGGUCUCCGGCCCGCCGUGGGGCCCCGCGGGACUGCGGCGCUGGGCCAAGGCGCUCCAGCUGUGCUGCCUCUGCUGCGCCUCGGUGGCCGCGGCCUUAGCCAGCGACAGCAGUAGCGGCGGCAGCGGAUUAAAUGCUGAUUACGUCUUUGUCACGCCAGUAGAAGUGGACUCGGGCGGGUCACAUAUUUCACACGACAUUUUGCACAACGGCAGGAAAAAGCGCUCCACGCAGAGUGCCAGGAGCUCCCUGCACUACCGAUUUUCAGCAUUUGGACAGGAACUACACUUAGAACUUAAGCCCUCGGCGAUCUUGAGCAGUCACUUUAUUGUCCAGGUACUUGGAAAAGAUGGUGCUUCAGAGACUCGGGAACCUUCUGUGCAACGAUGUUUCUAUCAGGGAUUUAUCAGAAAUGACAGCUCCUCUUCUGUGGCUGUGUCUACGUGUGCCGGCUUGUCAGGUCUCAUAAGGACACACAAAAAUGAAUUCCUCAUCUCACCGUUACCUCCGCUGUUGGCUCAGGAACACAACUACAGCACCCCUGCGGGCCACCAUCCCCAUAUACUGUACAAGAGGACAGCAGAGGAGAAGGUCCAGCGGUACGGUGGCUACCCUGGCCCCAGCCGGACUUACCCCGGUCACUCCCCAAGUCACACUCCCCCUGCAUCCCAGAGUGCAGAGACAGAGUUCCACCAUCGAAGGUGGCAAAAGCAGCAUUUUUGUGGACAACGCAAGAAAUAUGCCCCCCAGCCUCCCACGGAGGACACCUACUUACGAUUUGAUGAAUAUGGGAGCUCAGGACGGCCCAGAAGAUCAGCCGGAAAGUCACAAAAGGGCCUCAGUGUGGAAACCCUGGUGGUGGCAGACAGGAAGAUGGUGGAAAAGCACGGCAAGGGGAAUGUCACCACCUACAUCCUCACAGUCAUGAAUAUGGUUUCCAGCCUCUUUAAAGAUGGGACUAUUGGAAGUGAUAUAAACAUUGUAGUGGUCAGCCUCAUUCUUCUGGAACAAGAACCUGGAGGACUAUUGAUCAACCACCAUGCAGAUCAGUCUCUAAAUAGUUUUUGUCAGUGGCAGUCUGCCCUCAUUGGAAAGAACGGCAAGAGGCAUGACCACGCCAUCUUACUCACGGGAUUUGACAUUUGUUCCUGGAAGAACGAACCAUGUGACACUCUAGGGUUUGCACCUAUCAGCGGGAUGUGCAGUAAGUACCGAAGCUGCACCAUCAAUGAGGACACGGGACUGGGCCUGGCCUUCACCAUUGCCCACGAGUCAGGGCACAACUUUGGCAUGAUUCACGAUGGGGAAGGCAAUCCAUGCAGGAAGGCCGAGGGCAACAUCAUGUCUCCCACGCUGACCGGAAACAAUGGGGUGUUUUCCUGGUCUUCCUGUAGCCGACAGUAUCUCAAGAAAUUCCUUAGCACACCUCAGGCUGGGUGUCUGGUGGACGAGCCCAAGCAAACAGGACAGUAUAAAUAUCCCGACAAACUGCCAGGGCAGAUUUACGAUGCAGACACACAGUGCAAGUGGCAAUUUGGAGCAAAAGCCAAGUUAUGCAGCCUUGGUUUUGUGAAGGACAUGUGCAAAUCACUUUGGUGUCACCAAGUGGCCCACAGGUGUGAGACCAAGUUUAUGCCGGCAGCCGAAGGAACCAUUUGUGGCUUGAGUAUGUGGUGUCGCCAAGGCCAAUGUGUGAAGUUGGGGGAGCUCGGACCCCGGCCCGUCCAUGGCCAGUGGUCUGCCUGGUCAAAGUGGUCAGAAUGUUCCCGGACUUGCGGUGGAGGAGUCAAGUAUCAAGAGAGACACUGCAACAACCCCAAGCCUCAGUAUGGUGGCAAGUUCUGUCCAGGAUCUAGCCGUAUUUAUAAGCUGUGCAACAUUGACCCUUGUAGUGCAAAUAGCUUGGAUUUUCGAGCCCAGCAAUGUGCAGAAUAUAACAGCAAACCUUUCCGUGGAUGGUUCUACCAGUGGAAACCUUACACAAAAGUGGAAGAGGAAGAUCGAUGUAAACUGUACUGUAAGGCUGAGAAUUUUGAAUUUUUUUUUGCAAUGUCCGGCAAGGUGAAAGAUGGAACUCCUUGUUCCCCGCACAAAAAUGACAUCUGUGUUGAUGGGAUCUGUGAACCAGUAGGAUGUGAUCAUGAACUUGGCUCCAAAGCAGUUUUGGAUGCCUGCGGCGUUUGCAAAGGUGAUAAUUCAACUUGCAAGUUUUACAAAGGGCUGUACCUCAACCAGCAUAAAGCAAAUGAAUAUUAUCCAGUGGUCAUCAUUCCAGCGGGGGCUCGAAGCAUUGAGGUCCAGGAGCUGCAGAUAUCCUCCAGUUAUCUUGCUGUUCGAAGCCUCAGCCACAAGUAUUACCUCACAGGCAGCUGGAGCAUCGACUGGCCAGGGGAAUUCCUCUUUGCUGGGACCACAUUUGAAUACCAGCGUUCUUUCAACAAUCCAGAACGUCUCUACGCACCAGGACCCACCAAUGAGACACUGGUCUUUGAAAUUCUGAUGCAAGGCAAAAAUCCAGGGAUAGCUUGGAAGUACGCACUUCCCAAGGCUGCAAAUGGAACUCAGCCAGCCAUAAAAAGGCCGCACCACACCUGGAGUACCGUGCAGUCAGCCUGCUCCGUCUCCUGUGGAGGAGGUUACAUAAACAUAAAGGCCAUUUGCUUACGAGAUCAAAAUACUCAAGUCAAUGCUUCAUUCUGCAAUAUAAGAACCAAGCCAGCAACUGAACCCAAAAUAUGCAAUGCUGUCUCCUGCCCAGCCUAUUGGAUGCCCGGUGAAUGGAGCUCGUGCAGCAAGUCAUGCGCUGGGGGCCAGCAGAGCCGGAAGAUCCAGUGUGUUCAGAAGAAGCCUUUCCAGGAGGUGGAGGCCGUGCUGCAUUCUCUUUGUCCCGUGAGCACACCCACUCAGGUUCAGGUCUGCAACAGCCACGCCUGCCCUCCAGCAUGGAGCCCUGGGCCCUGGUCUCAGUGUUCCAAGACCUGUGGACGUGGAGUGAGGCGGCGUGAGGUCCUGUGCAAGAGUUCUGCCACAGAGACCCUCCCUGAGAGCCGGUGCAGCAGCAGCCCCAGACCCGAGGUACAGGAGGGCUGUGUGCUCGGACGGUGCCCCAAGAACAACCGGCUACACUGGGUCCCUUCUUCAUGGAGUGAGUGUUCCACAACCUGUGGCUUGGGCGUGAGGAGGAGAGAGAUGAAGUGCAGUGAGAAGACCCUCGAGGGAAAGCUGAUCACUUUCCCAGAGCGAAGAUGCCGCAAUAUUAAGAAACCAAACCUGAAUCUGGAAGAAACAUGCAACCACAGGGCUUGUCCAUUGUACAACUUGGCAGCCGGAUGGUACUCAUCCCCAUGGCAGCAGUGCACCGUGACCUGUGGGGGAGGCAUUCAGACCCGCUCGGUCCACUGUGUGCAGCAAGGCCGCCCCUCCUCCAACUGCCUGCUCCGCCAGAAGCCUCCAGUGCUCCAAGCCUGUAAUACCAACUUUUGUCCAGCUCCUGAAAAGAGAGAGGAUCCAUCCUGUGUAGAUUUCUUCAGCUGGUGCCACCUGGUUCCUCAGCAUGGUGUCUGCAAUCACAAGUUCUAUGGAAAACAGUGUUGCAAGUCCUGCACAAGGAAGAGCUGAACUUGGUGACACCCUAGUAGUCGAGGAUCAGAGUCCUACCUUUCAGCCUCCAGAGGGACCAGACCCCUUCGACCUUAGGCUGAGCACUGUGACCCUUUCUUUGUGUGGUGCUACAGGGUCUGAGGAGCAUAUGGGCUGAGGUCAGGCUCCCUAAUCAGUGCUCUGGAGCAGAGGUACUCUGAAGUGCUUGAAUAUGGGAAGCGAUGACAAAUCGGACUUACAAAAAUAAGAAAGAGAAAAUUUUGAUUUGCACUGUUACAAAAAAGAAGUGAUGUGUCACACUGAGCUAUGUCAAUUUGACAAAUUGAGUGUCUCAUCAUCUUUGAGACAGGCCCUUUUCCCUCUCUUUGAACUUCAAGGUCCUUUAAGACUUCGGGUCCAAUCAAAUAUGGAUAGAACACCAGUCAAAGAUGGAUGCCUGACUGUUGCUCGGAGUUUACAGUUUGACCUGAACUGUGAACACCCAAAUCAGGAGUUACAUCAGAAGACAAAUGGUGCUCACAGUUGUGCUUGCUGCUGGACUGGCAAGCUUCCUGUUACGUUUAUUUAGUGUGUGUGUGUUGUUGAUGAAAAUAUAUUCUGCUUAUAGAGUCUCCAAGACUAAAAUUAACAAUUUGAAAAGUGUUCCAAGGAAGAGAACACCACGAACUAUUUAAGAUCACCGUAUAAUUGAAAUUCACACUGGGUUGGGGGGAAAUCUCAUACAAGAUAAAGAUUGAUGUCCUUCACAUGAUAUAAACCUCAUCACUUUUGGUGCUUGCUGAAUAGCCUGGGGCCUCCUCUUUGGGAAUGAAAAUGAGUGAUUUGUUUGUUCAUUUCUGGUAAAAAAAAAAUCUAGGAAGAACUAAAUGGCAAAAUAACUGUGUUUGAAAGAGACAAACCCAUCAUUUAUAAUGGCUUGUACAUAUUACCAUCGUUCUGAGAAAUUAAAGCCUGUUUGUGGCUUUUUCCUAUAAACUGAGAAGUUUAAAUUUGCCCUAGGAUUUAGUUAAGAAAAAAAAAAAAACAGUGGCCAGAGAAAAUCUGUCUGUCUUGCUCCAUUAAUAUUAAUAAAUCACAAUUUGCCAUGACCCUUCAAUGAAUAAGAAUAUUUUACAGGUCUCAAAUGAUAUUUUCAGUCAUCAGAAGCCAACCAUUGAUAGGUAUUAAUGACCUAAAAAAUGUCCUCAAUUAGAAAAAUACCACACUAUUUUGCCAAAACCAAAGUAAGUUACAAGACGGUCCUCCUGUAAGUUUGUGAGUAGUGAUUAUAAAGGGCAUAUUUGUAUAAUGCUACUCUAUUCCUCAAUUUCUUUGAUGAAUGUAACCAAAUUUUACUGCUUUAAAAUGUCUCAAUUCAGGCAGAGAUGAGCCAUCUCAGCACAACCCACCAGACGGUGGGUUUGUUAAAUUUAGCAGCAUCCUUUGCCCGCAUGGUAAUUAAAACCACAAGUUCUUGAAUCUCACAGAAGUAAUGAUUAGGAGCUUUUCUCAACCUACUUGGCUUGGCCUUAAGUGGCAGCCAUUUUAUCAUGAGGAAAAAAAUGCUUUCCCACCACCACAUCCUUGCCCUCUGGAAAAUGGCAAGUUAUUUGUGUCUUUAUAUAACUAUCAUUUUAUUAUUUUAUGGAAAAGUUAAUUUAUUAAUAGCCUAUUAUGUGUUCUCACUUGCUUCUCUGAGUAAGUGAUAUUAAUUCUGAGGAAAAAUGUUGAAUAAAACCAUGGAUUAUAGAGAAAAGUCAAAAUAUAUGUGUAAUAUUUAAUUAUUUUAUAAGUUUUAUAAUAAAGUAUUCUGUUUCUUUA